GCGCAGGCGGCCGGGGCUGCGUCCCCGCCGGACCCCGGGGGGCGGAGCGAAAGCCCGGGCACAGCGGCAUCCUCCGGCGCGGCCAUCGCCGGGCUGCUCCAUGGAGAAGCGGGGCCCGGUGCUGCACAUCGUGGUGGUGGGCUUCCACCACAAGAAGGGCUGCCAGGUUGAAUUUUCCUAUCCUCCCCUAAAACCUGGAGAAGGCCAUGACAGCCACAGUUUACCAGAGGAAUGGAAGUACUUGCCAUUUCUUGCCUUACCAGAUGGCGCUCACAACUAUCAGGAAGAUACUGUGUUUUUCCACCUGCCUCCGAGGUGCGGGGAUCGAACCACGGUGUAUGGCGUCUCUUGCUAUCGGCAGAUUGAAGCAAAGGCUUUAAAAGUACGGCAAGCAGACAUCACCCGAGAAACUGUACAGAAAAGUGUCUGUGUUCUCAGCCAGCUGCCUUUGUAUGGGUUACUUCAGGCAAAGCUGCAGCUCAUCACACAUGCAUAUUUUGAAGAAAAAGACUUCUCACAAAUUUCAAUUCUAAAGGAACUUUAUGAUCAUAUGAAUAGUUCCUUGGGCAAUACUUCAUUAGAAGGGUCACAAGUUUAUCUUGGUCUGUCUCCUCGGGAUCUUGUUCUCCAUUUUAGACACAAGGUCUUGAUCCUUUUUAAAUUGAUUCUUCUCGAGAAAAAGGUGCUGUUUUAUAUUUCUCCUGUAAAUAGAUUGGUGGGAGCUCUGAUGACUGUCUUGUCACUCUUUCCUGGUAUGAUUGAACAUGGUCUUAGUGACUGCUCACACUACAGACCAAGAAAGAGCAUAUCAGAGGAUGCUGGCUUGCAGGAGAAUCCACCACGGUUAGAUGACUAUGUUUCUGUGUCUGCUGCUGAUGCUUCAAAUGAAAACUUAGGAAUGGGGAAGGGAGACAGGAAGAUGACAGGAGAUAAUUCACUGGAAGGUCAAAAAGCAGAUGUGCCUUUCUCCCUGGCCGAGAAGGCUUGCAAUGGAGCUCAGUCAUCCAACGGAGCUGUGCAGCGCUUGAAAGUUCCUUCCCGUGCUUCUCCAGCGUCCUCAGAAAGUGACUGGGAGACCCUGGAUCCCAGCAUUUUGGAGGAGGCUCACUUGAAGGAAGGAGAACGUGAGAACCCAGCAUCAGAACAGGCAGGAAACCUUCGGAGCAAAGGUGUGAGCUCCGAAGGCCUUCCCAUCACUGUGCAGCCCCAGGCAAACACAGGGCACACGGUGCUUGUUCAAGGACUGGUGUCUGGCUUGGAAGAGGACCAGUAUGGGAUGCCACUGGCUAUUUUUACAAAGGGGUACCUGUGUUUGCCGUACAUGGCGCUGCAGCAGCAUCACCUCCUGUCGGAUGUGACCGUCCGCGGCUUUGUUGCGGGAGCCACCAAUAUCCUGUUCCGCCAGCAGAAGCACCUGAGUGAUGCAAUUGUGGAAAUAGAAGAUGCUCAUGUGCAAAUCCAUGAUCCAGAACUCCGUAAGAUCCUGAACCCAACAACUGCUGACCUAAGAUUUUCAGAUUACUUGGUGAAGCACGUCACUGAGAACAGAGAUGAUGUGUUCCUUGAUGGCACUGGAUGGGAAGGAGGAGAUGAGUGGAUCAGGGCUCAGUUCAGUGCUUAUCUUCAUUCACUGCUUGCUGCUGUGCUGCAACCAGACAAUGAAAAGAUUUUGUCAGACUUUGGAACAGGAUUUGUAACAGCCUGGAAAAAUACCCACAACUACAGAGUAUGGAAUAGCAACAAGCAUCCAGCUCUUGCAGAGGUAAAUUCUAGCCAUCCAUUCCAGGGCCAGUACUCUGUAUCAGAUGUUAAAUUAAGGUUGUCACAUUCAGUGCAAAACAGUGAACGUGGAAAGAAGCUUGGAAAUGUGAUGGUUUCUACCAGCCGGAAUGUGGUGCAAACAGGAAAAGCUGUCGGUCAGUCUGUGGGAGGAGCCUUCACGAGUGCAAAAUCAGCAAUGUCAUCGUGGUUUUCCACUUUCACACACUCAACCCAAAGCCUUGGGGACUAAAUGCUGGUUUGGCAGAAUGCUGCUGACUAUUUCAGGUGCAAUCUUUUCUGAGCUGUAAAAAGACCACUCCAAAAUGUAGGAGUGGAGAUUACCUACCCAGGACCAAAAUAAGGUGUAUGUUGCUUGCAAGCAGAUGUGGAAUGUUAUUAUUCACUUUCCCUAAAAGUACAGAAGAAUGGUGAGUGUCACCAUACAAUGGGCUGGCAUUUGCAGUGUAUUGGUUAUAUUUAAAAUGACUACUUCUCUUUAAAACUGAGCCUUUAUAAAGACAUUAGCAAACAGGGCUUGUUGCAAGCCAAAUGUGUUUGACUUUAGAUUUGUACAUUUUCUUGGAUGUUGAAGAUAUUUAUGUAAAGUAGUUCUAUUUUUCAAUCCAGAUAGCCAAAUGUUUGUGAAUUCUUGUUAGAAAUAAGCAGAAUAUAAAUAAUAAUUUGUCUUUUAGGUUGGAUUUGAGAGAAUCUCUGCAAUCCUUAAAGGGUGGAACUUUGACACUUUUAGCUGCAAAUUAAAAUCAACAAGGUGCAGAGUAAGACUGUGGCUGACAAGAGUUUUCUUUUCCUCUAUCCCCCUUGUAUCCAUGUAGAGUUGUUUGAAUGAAUCUUAUCUCUAGCUCUCUUUGUGUCUCCAAAUCUGUGUGACAGUUGCAAAAUCAGUAGGUUUUUUUCGUGUUAUGCAGUAGGCCUUCAUACCUUUGCCUAUGUUUUGGCUGAGUUUUUCCCCUGGGAUGUGAAUGGGAUUCCAGUUGGAGAGAUCUCUUCAGGGAAAGAAUUACAAAGCAUUUCUCCCAAACUGGGAUUGGAUCAUAGACAGUUUUGUAAGUUAGGAUGUAAUUACAACAUUAAUGUAGCUGCAUACAUAUGAAUAUGAACUACUAAACCCACCCAAAACUAGCACAGUAGCAAACUCUGUGCGUUUUUGGUUUUUUUCCCCCAGUAAAGUAAUGAGGACUCUUCCAAAUGAAAAUCAGCAAUGUGGAUUUUCUGUGUCGACUCAGGGAAUGUGUUGUUUGGAUAAUUGCUUUUUUCAUAAAGAAAGUUACACUAGAAUUGAGAGUAACUAGAACAGCCCAGUUAGUAUCCUUGUGUGAAGAAAUACAAUAGUUUUCUUGAAAAGAUGUGGCAUAAUGCUGUAUUUCCUGUGUAACAUGCAUGUGGUGGUUUCUGUAUGCAAGAGAAUUGCACUUCCUGCAUUUCUUGAUUCCAAGGGAGAUUAUUUCCUUUUUUCUUGCAACGUGUGUGCCUCUAGAUGCCUUCUGACAUCCCCAUGUGUUGCUCUUAACAUUUUCUACAUUACAUUAUCCAGUGUUCCAACUUUUCUGUACCAAAAGACUUAGUUUGUUGCCUCAUCAGUACCUGUCAGCAUUUUCCCAUGUUCUUUUCUGGGGCCAAGAUUUGUAGUCAUGGUUAUAUUUCCUAUUCCUCAAAUAAAAUGCAGCAGCUGCACAAGAGAUAAACAAGAAGGCUCAAAUGUUUUUAGGAAAUUAUGUUUUAAUUCCUUCUGUGCAUUUGCAAAGUUAAUAGAAAAGCCACACUUGCAUAACAUUGUCACUGUCCAGCAACUUUUGGUUGUCAGUUAUUUUGCUUCAGUGAUUUGAAAAGAUGGGAUCUGAUUUAAAGACUUCUUUAAUUUUUUUUUCCAGGACAGACUAGAUAAAAUGACUGUGGAAGACCUAAAGGCAAACAGCCAGUUUGAGUAGUUUGAUUUGAGAAGGGCAAAAAAGGCCCCUAAAGCUCUGAUAAUUUAUUGCUUCUGACACACAAGAAAGAUGUAUUUAUCGAACUGCAGCUAUUGCUCCUGGUCUCUGUGUGUCUUUGUAUCUCUCCUCAAACUUCUGAUGCUCUUUUCUGUUUUAGUCUACAACUCUGUAAUAGACAUUUAUAUCUUUUAAAAGACUAGAUAUUAUUUAUAUGCAGUGAAUUAAGACUAGAGCUGUUUAUUCAUGGUGUGUCUGGAGCUUUCUGAAUCAGCAUGCAGAUAAGAAAAUAAACACUUGCUUUUGUGAAAUGACUAACAUAUUAUCUGCACUCUGGGAUUUAAGUGGUCACAGUCCAUGUUCUAAUGAAGACUGAAGAAAGGUGCAUAAAGGAUUUAAUCACCUAUAAAACUAAUUCCAGCAACUUAAGGCAUACCUAGGUAGAUUUAGGCUUAGGAGCUCACAAUGGUGAGUUCUAGAAGCCAGGCAAGUGGCUGGUAUUUACAUGUACAAGCUGUAGAAGCAGGACCUUCAAGGAUCCCUUUUGAAUACCCUUGUCUGUGUUACCUCUUCAACUGAGUUUUCUCUGUUGAGUUCUCAAGUGCUCCAAAUUUAUAUGGCAAAUUUAUUAGCUCUGCAGUCCCCUUAUUCCCACAGGUUCCUUCACUGGCCUAGGAGUAUGAGAAGAUUAGAGUAUUAGAAGAUAUUCUGACCUUUGUUUGUUUGUUUGUUUGUUUGUUUUCUGGUGGAUUAAUCUGAGGAAAGACAGAAGGAGGUGCCCUCAUUGGCUGCUUGUUGCUUUGUACAGUGAUUCUGUUGUGACACUUCACUUUUUUUCUCAUGGGCAAGAAGAGCAGACAGAUCUUUCUCUGCAGCCUUUUUCUCACUGUCCCAGCUGUCUGUGUUGUGGAACCAACCAUACAACUUGAUUAAGAGUAUUUUCCUUUCCUUACAAAUGACAGAAUAAAAAGCUUUUCAGUCUUUUUAAGAACUGACACCCUGCUAGCAAGUUGGACUCAGAUUUAAACUCAGAUUUAAAGAGUGAUUAAGACUUAAUGAGUGGGUGGAGAUGAAGUGAUCUGCAUAAUUAGUUGUCUUCAUUAACAUCUACGUUUGCUCUCCAACAUUUGCUUAAGCUUACUUUUGGGCUGUAGGAAGGCAUGCAGCCACUGAGGUUCAUCUAAGCUCAUGUAGUUCUCUUACUUAAUGCUUGUAACCUCUUUAAUUAAAUCCAAUGCAAAUGCAACUUAUUUUCCUCUCCUCUGCUUUAAUAUUUCCAGUACAGGCAUUAUUAAUUAUUCAGAAAGAUUUAGGCAGCUGACUUCCAUUUCAAAAGCCCUGACAUCUAUUUCUGCACUGUAAGAAACAAAGGGUCCUGAGUGACUUGGUGAUAGUGCCUCUGAUCAGCCAGCUGGGAAGGUAUUGUUACAGCUCUGUCCUGAUUUGAUGUUGCAGAGGUAUUUCUGGCUGUCAGCAUGCAGCACACACUGACUUACAAGUAACACAAUAGCACACCUCUCAACUUUCUCUCAUCACAGGCAUCAACCUCAGCUUUUUGUAUGUGCCAGCAUUUGAGGAACUGCCUGUUGAGCAUAGAAAUGAGAUGUAAGUCCCCCAAACCCCACAAGACUUAAGUGUUGCUGACCUUAUAUUUCAUUUGACUGAAGUGUUCAGCAUCUUUCAUCAGUCAUUUUCAUGUCAUAACCUUAAAUCCUCUACACACCUCACACCAGUUUCCUCAAAUGUCACAGUUUAAUUAGAAUUUUUAGGUCAGUGUUCAGGUACAUUGCACUUGUUUGACUUUGUACUUCUGUUUUAAGCACCUUUGUAAUUAAAUAUAAUAUUUUGCCUAAACAAGCUUCUGAUUUCCAUACAAAAUAUUACUAAGCAGAGAAACUAAUGUGGCAGUAUUUAAUUGUAAAAGUGAAGGUGUGAAUGCAGUUUUUAAACAUAGGAACUACUGCUUGAUAAUUGAACAUACAAGUAAUGUAUUUGAUUUUUCCUGUGCUGCUUGAAAAAUAAAAUACAUCCAGCCUGUUUAAAUUCCGUCUGCUCAGAAAGCUGUAUUAUUUUAAUAAAUUAAUUCCACCAGAAGACACUUGCAGGCAUCUGGUUUUGAUAUUUGUAGCUGCUUGUAAUUCACUGGCAGUAUUUUUGAAAUUUGUCUUCCAUUUAAACUGAUUAUGGAUGCUGCUUUUUGAAAAUUUAGGACAAAAGGAUCCUCUAGAGUGACUUUUUAUUCCCUGUGGGUGCUGCUUCUUGUGGAUUGAUUGAAGUCCUCAGGAGGUCGCAGACCUCUCUUAUAUCAUCAAGAAUUUCAAGUACAACUAAAAUUUUGGUGUAGAUUUAGCUUCAAAGUAACUUGUAGUUUCUGUGGAUUGUGACAUCUGGUCAAAAUCAAGAUGUGUAAAUUAAUUGCUGCACAUCCAGUUCUCUGCCAUAGGGAGCUGUUUUAAAACUUCAGAACUUCUACUGCAGCUGUCACUGUAUCUGUCUGAGAAGGAUUUGGUAAUGGGUUUUCCAGAAGGAGGAAACUGACUGCCUUGGGUAAUGUUUAGAUGUUAGACAGAGGUUCUGUCUAGAGAAUGGCUGCAAUUCCCUAAAAUUUGUUAAGGUUUUUCUGACCGUGUGCAACUAGUUGGGCAAAGACACUGAAAGAGAAAUUAACAUCAUGCUUUUUAUGCACUGCAGUUUCACUUCCUUGCAGGUAUUUGGUUUUCAUUGAAAAGGGCAACAUGGAGAUUAUUCAUUAAAGGGAGAAACACUACAUUAUUGUAUUAUGAUUAAAGAUGUAUGAAAAGUUGCUUCCUGGUGUUUCGAGUCUUUCAUGCUAUAUUAGAGAAGGGACUGACUUAAAAAAGCAGGUACAGAGCUUUACUUCUGUGAUGUUUCUGGUCUUGACCCCAUUCUUUAACAAACAUCAGAAGCAGUGUUUGGAUUUUUUCAUAAAAAUAGGGAAAUGGAUCACUUGUGUCAGUUAAAUAGUGAGUCUUACUCAGAUUACCUUAUUCCUGCAAAAUGACAUCAUGUGUGCAUAACAUCUGUACACAGGUGGCUGAGUUUCAGUUGGGAUGGAACUUGGAACUCUAGCUCUCUUGAGUCAAGUGUUGGAUCAUACAUUGCUCCUCUUGUAAUAAUACUUCAAAAUCAACUGAUCAAGUAAUGUGUUUUUUUUCCUUCCACCCCUGAAUUUAUUGACUAAUAUUGAUGAAAGCACAAUUACUAUUUGCCUUAAUAGUAGCAGAGAAUGCCUACAAAAUCUUUUUUUUGGUGUGAAUCCAAAUCACCAAUACUGUGGCACUGCUUUCUGGAUCAGGUGAGCAUAAUCAAGCAGGAAUGUUUAGACUGGAGGAAGAACAGUUAUUUGAAGGGAAGGCAGAUGUACAGCUGUCAUCUUGUCUUAAAAACUAUGGGAAAUAGCAUCACUUGCAUACUAUAUGAAAUAGAUUAAAGAUACUGGAGAAGGGAACUCAGUUGAGCUCUCAUGUCUGAAGAAAUGCACACAAAAACACAGUGGAGAAUUUAAAAGCCCAGGCAUACCAAAAAGUGGCAAAAAAUGACACUGAGCUUAAUAUACUGCCUAAUAUGACCUGUGGUUACUGACUUUGCUGCUGUGAAAAAUGUGUGUGUAUAUGGAUUUUGCCAUGUGCCAAAGAGCUGAAGAGCUGUCAGCUCUUACAUUUUGGACAUUGUUUCAUGGUUUUUUUCCCUUAGACUCUUCCUCUGGGUUUUUAGGCUCUGUAAGAACUCUGCCUUGCUGAACUGUACUCAUGAGAAAUGUUGUAGGAGGGAGGUAUUUUAAAUACUUCUGAAAGUGGAACUAAACAGAACUUUGUGUGGCUAAUGUUAAGCAUGAAGUGGAAAGAAACUGGUUUUAAGGGUGAGCCUGGUUCAGAGUCUGCCUAAAUUAUAAUUCCUUUCAUGUAGGAAUUCAGAGCAAAAAAGCAGGAAACAACUGGAAGGUAGCUGGAAAUGGGAAACAAAGGAGGAAAAACUCUCCAGGCUAGUAAGUUCAGUGGUCUGCAGGUCUGUCCACAGGUGUCCCUUAGCUGUAUGCAAUGUGGCAGGUACUUGUGCAUCUUAGUGAGGCAUUGAGAAGUGAAAUGAGAAACACUGUGAAAAACAGUAGUGCUUUAAAUGUUGAAAUAAUCUCUAAAAUGUUGUCAAAUUAUUUCCCCCCCAGAUUUAACUAUCUGUCUGAGCCUGGUCCCUGCAAAGCUUGGUACAAUUCACUGUCCCAGAUCUGACUGAACCUUUACAACUAAAAUUAAACUUGCAAUUAGUAUGUGUUUAAACAACUGCAAAAAUGACUGAAUGCAUUAAAAAUUAGCAGAGGCCAGAUCACUUCUUUUAUUACUUUAGGUAAGGGAAACUGAAACUAUGUAGGACUGACUUAAAUUAGCUUUACCAGAAAACAGGUAAACUUCUUUGCAAAUGUAGCAGAGCUUGAGGACAUGAGUUGAUUCACUGAAACUUGUAUGUAAAUGUGUUUCAAAGCCAAGUACAUGUUGAAUAGGCUAAGAUUAAGCUGAAGCUUUGUAGUAAGACACUAGUUAGAUAUCUGUCAAGGCUUUAAGCAUAUUUGCUCCAUUUAUGACAUGAGAACUGCAUUUUUUUUCAGCUGUUGUCUUUGUUCCUGCAGAAGUCUUUCUCUAAUUCUACCACUAGUGACCACUUCCAGACAAAUGACAAUGCUUUGGCUGCACAGUUUCCUUCUUCAAUUAUGCAGGGCAGGAAUUUAGACUGGAGAAUAGCAUUUGCCAGCUGUUUUUCUUUGGGAUGAAUACUGGCUCAGAAAGCAGUUGUGUAAGUGAACUACUAGUAUGUCUUUAGCAGUCACUAGAGAACUGUUCACCACUUGACUAGUCUUGUCUUUAGGUGCCAUAUUAUUAAUAACAAAUACAUUUUACAUAAGGUACUGUAUAAUCUUGGGCCACAUAAAAAACAAAACAUACAGGUAAUGUACAGGAAAAAAAAUAUAAAAGGUGCAGACAAGCAGGAAGCCAUGCAGACUGUCUGCAUUUCAAAAGAUGUUCCUAAAUGGAUAAAACCAAGUUCUUCCAGGUUCUUUGAGGCAGUUGUGACUUACAGCCAUGGCAAUUUAGUAUUUCCUAUUUAGUAUUUCUUAUUUUGUAUUCAAGUACACUAGUUUUUUUUGUUUGUUUUCCUCCAGUAAGAAACUACACAUAAUGUUUUAAACUCAAGAUGAGUGUUCUCAGUAACAGAAUGAGCCCACUUUGCCCCUUCACUAGCUAUAGAUCAUCUGCAGUUAAAAAAACAAAGCCUUGUCCUAAAGCCUAAUGCAGCCUGAUAACAGUAGGAUGAAGUGAGAAGGAGCCACAGAAGUGAGCAGCCCAUGCAGGCUGCAGUUACUUGGAUACAGCUCAUGUUUUUGCCUGAGGUAUGUGAUUCUCCAAACUGCAAUAUAAAGGAGUAUCUGUCCUUCUUUUUAUGUACGCUCCCUUGCACAGGCUUGCAACAUGAAAGCAAUAUAAACAGACCUAUCAGCAGGAGCUCCUGAGUCACCUCACACCUCUUAUCUGAAAUAUGUAGGUGUUAAAAAAAAGUUUAUGUAAUGGUAAAUGCAAACAUGUUAUGUCACCUUCAUAAAAAAAAUAAAAAUUGGUAGCUUGCCAUUGUUACUCUGAGUCUCAUAAAUCCUCACAUGGCACAAAAUGCCAAAGCAUCUGGAAGAGUUUUAUAUAAGGCAGCUUUCUUAUCUAAAGCCCCUUUUCUAGUCAAAACCUUUAAUAAUUGUACAAGACAAAACUUUGUAAGCCCCCUUGAGACCUAGCCCAAACAAUACAUAGGUGUUGUCUUUAUUGAAGGCUGCAGUUGUAUCUACUGCAAUAAGAAACAAUUAAGGAAAAGCCAGUGACAGUCUGGACAAUGGAGUAAAUAAAUUUGCUCUUGAUUACUUAAGACUGAAAAUGGGUCUGCCAUGUUCUGAACUUACAGAAAAUGUUCCUCCUUAAUGCCUGCUGUUCUUCACUUUCAGUAGGGCAGAAUUUGUACCAUGACCAGAGAAGUGCUGAUUUACAAAAAUGAUAGCAGGGGAUUCUAGUCAUAUGUAAUCCUCAGUUUGACUUCAAUACCUAAUUUCCAGCUUCUGCUGAGUAGUAGUGAGCAGAAUCAACUUAACAUACUCAUCUCCAGGCUUUUUGCAGCUUAACUAUUUCUAGCUGCCUUCAAUAAGCUACUUGCUACAAGUGUGCAUGUGGUGGGAGGGUGGCACAGCUCUAUUUAUUUCAGCCAAAAAGCACACACAGGCAAUUGGAUUCAGUCUUUUUUAAUAAAUUAAUGUCAUUCAAAAUACAGUGCCAGAACAUGAUGCAGCUGAACAUGCUAGUAAGGUUUGUCAUGAAGCACCUGUGUUCAUGUUAGGUUGGCGGCACCCCGCUACUGCUAGUGGUUCCUGGGAUUAAUGCCAGAGCAGCACUAGGCAUCUGCUCUCCUGCACACACAGCACAGGAUAUUCCUGAAGUUUGCUUUUCCCCCC